AUGGUGACGUUGGAUGAGUUGCUUGAGUCCGGAGUCACCAUCUGUUCCAGUGUUUUGUUUAGAGACGAGAAAACACGCAAAACAUGUGAUUCGGCGACCGAUGGGCACAAUCUGUUGACAACAGUGUGCCGUAUAUUAGGCCACAAAGACUUGGAGGCGUUCGACGCGAAGACCCGUCUGUCGGAACUGGGAAUGGAUUCGCUGCUAACCGUUGAGACGAAACAUGCGAUCGAAAGGGACUUCGAGUUGGUUUUGUCCACUCAGGAGAUCCGCAAUUUGACGAUUGAACGCAUUCGACAGAUCAGUCUAUGUAAAAACUGA